AUGACGACCCUACUCCGAGGAUCUGCCUUCAUCACCGGCGCUGCCUCCGGCAUUGGGCAAUACACGGCCAUCGCAUUCGCACAGCAUGGCGUCACCAAGCUGGCCCUGGCCGACGUCAACCUCAAGGCCCUGGAAGAAUCCAACGCCGCCCUGAAGCAGCGCUUCCCCGAUGUCGAGAUCCUCUCCCUGCACAUGGACGUGCGCGACGCUGCUCAGGUCAAGGAGGGCAUCGCCAAAGCCGCCGCUGCGUUUGGCCGCCUCGAUAUCGCAGUCAAUAAUGCCGGCAUUGGUGGCAGCGGCCGACGGACCCACGAGAUUGAGGACGAGGAGUGGAUUCGGGUCGUGGAUGUGAAUUUGCAGGGUGUCUAUCGGUGUCAGAAGGAGGAACUUGGAAUCAUGGUCAACCAGGAAGAUCUUGGCCCUAGAGAAGGCCGUGGCAGGAUCAUCAACGUGGCAAGCAUGCUAGGAGUUGUUGCUCCUUGCAACAGCCAGCACCACACGGCCUACGCCACCUCAAAGCAUGGAGUCAUUGGACUGACAAAGGCUGAUGCCAACUCGUACGGCAGCCUUGGCAUUCGCAUCAACGCAAUAUGCCCAGGAUACGUCGGCACCCCCUUACUUGUAAAAAUCAUGGCCACCGACCCGGAUUCUCCUUUGGCAAAGGAUCUUGCUCGCACGCCUUUGAACCGGUUGGCCGGGAUGGAUGAGAUCGCCGAUAGCAUCGUUCUUAUGGCUUCUCCCAUGAGCAGCUUCAUGCAAGGUGCCAGCAUGAUCGUUGACGGAGGAUUUACUACCAACUGA